ACGGCAUAGUUCACGUUUGUUAUUUCACUUUGUGAUACCCACAAGGCGGUUCAUCCAGUUUAUCAUUAUUUAUUCAUCAUCCGGCCGCUCGCGGGUGACGAGGAUGACUGAUAACUCUUAAAAAAAGUAUUGUGAACAGACAUUCGCGCGUAACAGACAAAUGUUAAACGCCCACCGGCUCUCAUUUGGUGUCCGAAACUAUACGUAACGGAACGCAGAACCGUGACAUCAUGAAGUCGUUGUUAAUUGUGAUUUUUGCAUUUACGUUUUGUGAUUUCACAUUGGCUUUUACCAACGUUUAUCCAAAAUUGAAAUCUCAUCCUAUUCCUGCGAAUGAGGAUGUCGGAGAUCCACUCUUUCUAACACCUCUGAUAGAAAGUGGAAAGAUUGAUAUGGCCAGAGCGAAAGCCAUUGUGCAGCACAAAGACGUUACUGAUGUCAGCAGCUAUGCCGGAUAUUUGACUGUUAAUAAAAAGUACAACUCUAACUUGUUCUUCUGGUUUUUCCCUGCACAGAUAAAUCCAAAAAAUGCUCCAGUUGUAUUGUGGCUGCAGGGUGGUCCAGGGGCAACCUCUUUAUUCGGUCUCUUCACUGAAAAUGGACCCUUUAGUGUCAGUAGAAACAUGACACUCAAGCCCAGAAAAUACUCUUGGAACAUCAACCAUAACAUGAUUUACAUAGACAACCCAGUUGGUACAGGCUACAGUUUCACUGAUAAUGAUUUAGGGUAUGCCAUAAAUGAAACAGAUAUAGGCAGGGAUGUUCAUACUGCAUUGGUCCAGUUUUUCAACCUCUUUCCGGAACUUCAACUCAAUGAAUUCUAUGUUACUGGUGAAUCAUAUGCAGGGAAAUAUGUUCCAGCUGUUUCACAUGCAAUCAAAGAUUACAACAUAAAAGCAAAGACCAAAAUUAAUUUACAAGGUCUUGCUAUAGGCAAUGGUUUUUCAGAUCCGUAUAAUCAACUUUUUUAUAGCGAUAAUCUGUACCAAAUAGGACUUCUGGAUUUUAACGGCAGGGAUAUGUUUAAAAAAUAUGAAUAUCAAGCAAGAGAUCUUAUCAGCCAAAAAAAGUGGAUUGAUGCCUUUAUUCUGUUUGAUAAGGUGUUGAAUGGUGAUUUAACAAAUACAUCAUCACUAUUUAAAAAUUUAACAGGUUUUGACUUUUACUUCAACUAUUUUUACAUAAAAGAGUCAAAUAGCUCAAAUUAUUUUUCUGAAUGGGUACAGAGGCCAGAUGUUCGUAAAGCUAUUCAUGUUGGUAAUUGUUCUUUUAAUACAGAGACUACGAAAGUUGAAGAAAUGUUAGUGGAAGAUAUAAUGCAGUCUGUAACAUUCUUUGUUUCUGAUCUUCUGCAGCAUUAUAGAGUUUUAAUUUACAAUGGCCAAUUAGAUAUUAUAGUUGCAUAUCCAUUGACAGUAAAUUAUCUUCUAAAUUUGGAUUGGCCUGGUGCUAAAGAAUAUAAAGUAGCUCCUAGAAAACAAUGGUGGAUAAAAAAUGAUCUAGCAGGUUAUUCAAAGACUGUAGGCAAUUUGACUGAAGUACUUGUGAGAAAUGCUGGCCACAUGGUGCCAGCAGAUCAACCUAUGUGGGCUUGGGAUUUGAUUACGCGUUUUACUCAUCGCAAAUCAUUUUAAUAUUGUAAA